UCAGCCAAGUCUAAGUCUUUCAACAACCGGCAAGGCGCGAAGACGUCUCAGGUAUUCCGUUUUUGUCCGGUCUCGACUCUUUGUUUAUUUUUGAGCUUCGGUCUUUAUGUCGCGUUUGAGUCUUACGUGUAUUUAUUGCCUUUUUGUUUGUGUUUGAAAUUCUGUGCAAGUGCCGGAGCAUACAAUUACAAAGUGGAAAGCGAUCGUCAAUCGAAGAAAAGAGCUAGAGAAGUCACAUAAUUGGUCUUCCGAGUCACAGACCCUAGGGAGUGACAGAAGGCGGCGAUUUGAAACGGACCUAAUUCGAUUGCAACGCCUGAAGAAAACGUUGGAAAUGCUAUCCAAUUGAUAAUUUACUGAGUUGCGAAUCGUAUUGAACUUACAAAAAUUUGUGACUUACCAUUGCAACAUAGCGUAACUGAGCGCUUGAGUCUGUGAGCCCGAAGGUCAACCGCAUCUUUACAAGCUUUCGUGUCUCCGUCUGCGACUGCGUCACUGCCUCAAGAAUGUGUUAAUUCGGAAUUUUGAAGACAACAACAGAGAGCUACCAAACCAACGACAUCAGUUUGCCGCCAAAAAACCCAAUUAAAAGAAGAACAAUAUGCAAGCAUUGCGACAAAUCCGCAAACGCUUGGAGUUGCUCUUGAUGCUGCUGAUUGGCCUGGCUUGGGGCAUAAUUUUGUCGGAGCUCCUGCGUCGUACUCGCUGGCAGCUUUCUGAUAGUUUUCUGCAGGCUGGGGGCCGCUUUCCCAGCAGCCACAGAACUACCACCUGCCCCACGGCGCCACCCACGUCCGCCUCUACAGAAACUCCCAGAAAUACGAGUGUGCCUCUGGCCAGUCGCCUUUUUAACGAGACUCGCAUCCUUUGCAUAGUGCCGACCACUCCACAGACCCACAAAAGCCGGGCCAUCCACAUCAAACGCACCUGGGGGUUGCGAUGCAACAAGCUGAUCUUUAUGAGCACCAAGGCGGACAAGAAACUGGGCGCCGUAGACCUCAAGGUCAAGGAGGGCUACUCAAACCAAUGGGCGAAAAUACGGGCAUCACUGCAAUAUGCCUACAAACACGAUUUUCGGAACUACGACUGGUUCCUCAAGGCAGAUGAAGACACUUAUGUGGUCAUGGAAAACCUUCGCUCCUUUCUACAUCCCUUUAGUCCAAUGAAAGCAGUUUACUUUGGCAAUAAAUUUCGCAGUUCACAAGUAAAACAGGGCUACAUGUCGGGUGGAGCUGGAUAUGUCUUGAGCAAAGUGGCCCUUUAUCGGUUCAUGAAGUUCGGGUUUAGUAAUAGCAGUAUCUGCAGUAACCGCAGCUACGGAUACGAAGACGUCGAGCUGGGACGGUGUCUGCAGGCGGUGGGUGUAGUGGCUGGUGACUCCCGGGAUGAGCACGGCUUAAACCGCUUUAUACCCUUCUCACCUUUCCAAUCGUAUCCCGAACCACCUGAGUGGUAUAUGCCUUACCCCUUUUACAAAUUGGCCAAUGCAACCACAGAUUGCUGUUCGAACUCGGCUAUUACAUUUCACUACAGUUAUCCCAACGACUUGUAUGUUCUGGACUAUAUUAUCUACAAACUAAAGACUUUUGGAAUACCGAAAGAUCUGGAGAAAAUGCCUGCCAAAAGAAUCAUGCAAGAUGAAAUGAAGAAAUGGAGUAAUGACUUACCAAGCGAAGAUAAGUCAACAACUAAAAUUCAUUCUGAGACGUCCACAAAUAGAACCCACGUUCCCUCCAAUGCCAAAGUUAAACAUUAAUCGAAAUUCAAACAAAAAACUAUUACUAUGCCAAAGAAAAAAAGCCAUAAAGCUUCAAUUGUAUUGUGUUAAAGUGCUUAGAUUUAUAUUUAUUAUUGGAGUUAAAUAUUACUAGAAGCCUUACAACUUAAUUGUGGCUAAUCUUGAUGUUCUAGAUGGAGGAUGUCCAUUUACAAUCCCAUACGGUCGCGAUUUGUAUAAAAUUGUUUCCAGAAAAUACAUAUCGUGGUGUGUCAUAUAGUGCAUUGAUAUUGAAUAAGUUGAGCAACAUUCCAUACCCUGUAAAAAGAAUAAUUCGUUUCAUUAAAUAAAAUCAUUAAUAUAUACAUAA